ACCAAUUUGCUAGGUCAAACGGAGUUGUCUCUCGUCUAUUUCCAGUAUAGUUGGUGAAAACUGGGCCAAAAAAGAGAUGUUUUGCAUCAAAGUUAUGUAUAGAUGACAACUUGUGAAGACCAUCCUGUCCGUCCCAUGAUUACAAGGUCAAGAUGGCUGCCAGUAUUCACGGCGAUAGUCGUCAGUGCCAGGUUGAUGAAAUGUUUACAUUACUGGAGUCAGUGGACCAAGAGGCUGUUGAAGAUGUGAGGAAGCUCAUACUUGAUGAUAUCAAUUCUAGCGGCUCAAAAGAAUCAUGGUUAUUGCCCACACUGAUAGAUCAUUAUUUUACAACAAGAUCUAAACAGAUACAAGAUCUACUUUUCGAGAUACGAGAUCCACAAUGCAAGUAUCUUUUAGAGAGGUUAAAUGACGGUGUCCGUAGUAAUAAUAACAAACUAGCAUCUCUGGAAUUAUUACUAUACAUACUAUGUAAACAACCAUAUUGGACUCACAGAGUUGUCGAAAUGCCAGUAUUUUCUACCCUGAUUAAGUGCCUAAAGAAUAUGACAGAUAUACCCGUACUGAUGACAGGUGUGAUGAUAUUAACUCUAUUAUUACCUAUAGUUCCUGUUAGCAUAGCUCGUCAUCUUAACGAUAUACUGGAUAUAUUUACACGUUUGACUUCCUUCUGUGUACGAAAACCAGCCAAUACGCCUGAUGUGUUUUUACUUCAUCUACAUGUAGCCCUGUACAGUUUGUUUCACCGUCUAUAUGGAAUGUACCCGCACUACUUUCUUCAUUAUAUCCAGACACAGUUCUCCAAAAAAGAUCUUAUUCCUGUCUAUGAUGAAAUUGUUAAACCAAUGUUUGAAAGAGUUCGACUACAUCCUCAGUUGAUAGCUGGAUCUAAAGAGAGUGAGACAAGUACUAGCAGGUGGAAGAAUUUAGAAACACAGGAUAUAGUAAUAGAAUGUGCCAAGUUAUCAUUGGAUAUGGUGGAAGGCACAUGGGAUGACGAUCCAUGUCCAGCUUUUACUAAACGUUAUCAGGCCAUACAGGAAGCUGUGAAAAGUCGACACAAUUCAGGUUCCACUAGUCAGGAUACAAGUUUGUUUCCUAAUAUUCUAAGUCAAGAUACCGGGUAUAUAUUAGCAUCUCUGGGACAUGAACCUGGUUCAGUCUGUAGUCCUUCGGUUGUUAUUGGCUUGUCCACACCACCGCAGUCACAACGCACAACUCCUGCCACAAGCUUCCUAGAUACCAGCGGACAUGUUCCUUCUUUUGCAGGAACAAUAACAAAUACACCAAUGAUGACACCACAGGAUAUAACACCAAGAGAAACACCAAAUAUCACACAAGAUGAUCCAUUAUCCAAGAGCUCAGGCAAAGGACAGAGAAACACAGAUUCAAAACGGCCAGCAAUUAGUCUCAGUAGAGGUCAAAGUUCAGUUAUAGAUCCAAAGUUGACUCCUGGGUUACAGUUGACUCCUGGAUCCAGCAACGUAUUGUCGCCAAUGAAAACAGAAUUUACCAACGAACCGCCAAAAGGCGCUGUAAAAACACAGCCUAGAAAUGCAAUCAGAGCACUUGAGUUUGAGACAGAUAGAUCAUCAAUGGACUUCUCUAAAAAACCUCUGUCUACCCAGACUUCUGUGGAGAAAGGGUCAGAGGGUCAAAAUAAUGCAGAAUUGACUUCAUUGGUUACCAUGGAUACAUUGAACCAUGUUUUCGGUGAAUUGUCUACACAUGAAAAUGAAUGUAUUGAUGACGAGGUCAGCCAGAUAACUCAAGAGGAUGAUUUAGAAGGCAGUUUUGAAACAAUAGCUAGUCCCGAAACCCAGCAAGCCAUGGCUGAAUCAGUGAAACAGUUCAUGAAAAAAGUGAAUAGAAUAAGAUUCAACAGUCUAAAUAACACGGAACGUCUUGCUGUCAACGAAAGUAAAAGAUACCAUGUUCGAUCAAAUUCGUGUCCACCAUUUGAAGAAGAAGUUUCUGAGGAAUCUGAUUUUGUAACAAGAUCGAUAUCUACUUCGGUGGAAGCAAAUCAGUCCGGAAUCAACUCCGACCCAAUUACUGUUGAAUCCUCCAUAACUCUAUGUGACAAAUCAGAGAAUUUGCAUAAAUUGAGAUUAGAAAAAUCAAGAAGAUCGCGUAAUCCAAGUGGAAACAGCGAAAAUAUGUCAGAGUUGCUGGCACAGAUGGCUGAAUCCCGACCAUUCAGUAUUUUAUCGCAAGCUCUGUUUGCUCCUACAAGUGUACAUGUUUGUUCGAGUUGUCAUUCCAAAUUAGUGGGAGGAAAACAUACAAUAAAAACGAAUGAAUUUAAAGAAAUUCCGAUGUUCUCCACAUUUUCUCCACCCGAAUUAUUAGAUAGACAGUUAAUAGUAGGAGGUGACCUACAUGCCAAGGAAUUAAAUAAAAUACCAUUAACCAGCAAGGAAUCGGUCAACUGGACACAUUUUGGAGGUGUACCACCUGCAGAUGAGGUCAACAUUUUAAAAGGUCAGAUAAUGUUACUCCACAAUCAGCUCAUGUACGAACAACAUAAACGUGAAUUACAUGCGAAGAGAAAUCGGCGUUUACUGAGAAAAAUAACGCAGACGAAGACUUUAGAGGAACAGAAUCGAGCUAUGGUUGAACAACGUAAACUCCAUGAACAAGAAAUCCAGAAUUUAACAGUAUCUUUACGAUUAGUACAAGAAGAAAAUCAGGCGUACAAACAGCAAAAGGAAAGUAAUAUGUAUGAAGAUCUGGUGAAACUUAGGACAACUUUACAGACUAAUAAAGAUCUGGAAGAAGCAAAUAUUGGUUUAAAAAAUUUACUCAUUACACAAAGAGAAGACCAUGAUAAACUGAAAAUGCAAUGGCAGGAUUCUAAAUCAAAGUUAUCAAACACAGAGAAAGAAUUAGAUAUAUUAAAAGAUGAGGUGGUUUAUACACAAAAACUAAAAGAACAGGUAUUCAAGUUACAGAAAGAAGUUUUAUUGAUGGGUGAAUUACAACAAAAAUAUCACGAACGACUUCAUAAUCAGCGCAACUCUUACUCUGUCAAACUGGACCAAAAUUAUCUUGCUCAAUCACUGAAAGCUGAGAAAAAAGGUUUAAAAGAUAAGCUGAAUAAAAUGACAUCACGGUUACAAGUGGUAGAAACUCAAGUUACAGAAUUACAAAAACAGAUUCAGAUCAAGAAUGAAGCCAUAGAAGAAUUAAAACAUAAUUUAGAAAAGGGUCGAAUUAUUCAUGGUGAUGAAGUGAAAGCUGUCAAUGAUAAAUAUGAAGCAAUGGUAAAAAUUAAUCAACAGUUUGAAGCUGAGUUAUUAACUUUACAUAGUCAAGUUGAUCAACUUACUCAAAAAUGUCAACUGAGACAAAAAGGGUCAGCCUCUCAAAGUAAUUCAUGUGUAUUAACUGAUAGUAAAACCUCCUCUGACUGGUCAUCCUCGUCAGGGGGAGGUCACUCUAUUAAAUCGGAUACAGACAGUAUUAAAACCCUAAAACAAACUACAAACGAUGAUAUUACGGAUACAACUCUGAUAACUGGUCCAUCAUUCCGUGAGGUAGAGCUCUCCGAACAACGUCCACAAUCACAUUCUGCUCACGCCUUAGAUUCCCUCUCUCUUUCAUCACAAGAUGGCGCCAGUGUAAGCCACGGAGGAUCGAGGUCAAGUACAAUGUGUACAGACAGUGAGGAUAAUAGAUCGUCUCAUAGCAACGUAACAACAGACAGUGGAUGGUGGGAAAAAUCAACUGUCAGCAAAUAAUUUGUAUCAUUAGUAAAAUGAACGUUUUAAUUUGAAGUCCGCAAAUAAUUCAUAAGAUUAGUAAAAUGAAAUUUUUAAUUUAAGAUUGAGCAUGAAAUAUGGGGAAUUUAUUGAAUAUUAGAUUUUUUUAAACAAUGAAAUUAUUUUUGUAUGAUUCGAUGAUUAAAUUAUUGUACUGUUAAUUGCUACAUGACCUUCAAAGAUCUAAAUUUUAUGAUGUAUUAUCAAGUCUAGGUUGUUUAAAUCUUUUUCCCCUGUGAUAGCAAAAAGAGUUGGAAAUCGCAAGUCUAUUACCAUCUGAACAAAAAUGUUUAAAUAGGCUAAAAGUCUAUUUUUUGUUCAUGUAUUAUUGUUUUAAACAUUGUGUGAAUGACUUGCAAGUUGACCUUCAUCCGAGUCAUUUUGCUAUCAUGGGUCACUUAUACGUGUAAUAGCUCAAUUAUAUGUUUGUUAUGAUCGUCCAGUCUUUGCAUGUAUUGUUUUGGUAGUCCAGUCUUUGCAUGUAUUGUUAUGGUUGUCUAGAAACUUAUUGAAUAUUGCAAUGUUCCAUUUCUGCACACAGAGAACUAAUUACAUCAAGAAUAGAUCUCUGUCAUGAAUGGCUACCAUAUCUAAAAAAUAGCAUACUAUUUUGUAAUACGAUUUUACUCCAUUUCACAUCGGUCAUGCACUCAAAGACUAAAUAAACAUUUUCUGUUUUAUUAAAUAAAAGCAAAAAAAAAACUUCUCAUAAUUUGCAAGGUUACUAAGAGUUUUCGACUAAAAUCGUCAAUGUAGGAAUUAAAAUGUCAGUCAACUAGCUUAGUGUCUAUUCUCAAGCGGAGCUAGUUGUAGACAGACAGUGUAAGUUUAGUAUUGGUAUGACAAUGUAUGGGCAUUACUCAAAUAUGUUGAACUUGAACUUACACUGAGUUGAAAUAUACCGUAUAAUGGUUGUCUACAAAUUGUAUAAUCUUACAAUGGGCAUUAUUCAGAUAUGUGUUUAAACUAAUUUCUAAAUUAAUAUGUGUAUUGAACACGAAAUUAGUGUGCACACAUAUUUUAGACCAUGCAGUCUUCAUGUUAAAUAUAAAAAAAUAUUAGCAGAUGUUGUUUUCAUGUUUUAUAUUAAAACAUGUUAAUUUCCAACAUUAUUUUUAUUAGACAUGAGAGAUGGCCUGUGCCAAAAUUAUCUUAAGUAAUAUCUCCUAUAUUUUACCCUCAUUACAAAUAACAGUAUUGUUUCAGUCUAUCUGUGUGGAGUGGGGUUGUAUAAUGGUAUAAUGCACUUGGUGCAGAUCAUAGGGUCUUUCAUUGAGUCAAAUGGCAGGGUUUUGAUUCCCUGCUUGUACAUGACAAGGAGUAGAGUCACCUGUCCAUAUGUAACAUUACCCUUUGAUGUUGGCAUACCAUUAUUUCAAAUAAUGUACUGGCAACGUCUUCAUCACACAUUAAUUUAUACUAGAUGAUAUAUUAGACUUGUGUGAUGAUUACAUUGAAAUGUACAUGAGAGAUAGUAUCUGUUUUUUAAUGGUUUCAGGCAAGUCAUUGCACGACACAUUGAACAACACUCGGACUGAUGUCCUCGUACAGUAUCAAUAUAUAACUUAAUGUCUUGCUAUCGACCAUUAAACCACAUAUACCGUAGUCAAUUGAUUUGUGAAAUAUUAAUGAAUUAAUAUUUUGUUGUAUCUAGUCAAUGAAAUUUGUUGGAUUUUUUUUUGUGAAUGAAUUAUUUAAAUUUCUGUGAUUAUUUUAGUGCUUUAUUUAGAAUUUGGAAGAUGAAAUAUGUUAGUUGUUGUUCUUAUGUCUUCCAAAUAUACUUCCUUAGGCCAAUAAAAAAUAAUACCUGUGUUUAUGGUUACCUGUCUGAUCCCAUUUUCAUUCUUGUCUCAUUUUCUAGGUCCUAUAAUUUCGGUAUUAUAUCGGCAUUAUUUUACAGAAACUUACUCAGUAAUUAAGCUAUAAAAUGCUAGGAAAUAAAUAUUAAACACUUCACGGUAUAUAAAAUGACGUCAAAAAGGCAAUUUUCGAUGAGGUUAUUAAAAGAUUAAUUUAUCAGUACAGUUAGUUCUGUCCAAUCUUACCCUGCAAACCCCACGAAAAGUGGGGAUGUUCCGACCAAACUACCCUAUUUUUUUGUGGCCAAGUAACCAUAAACACGGGUAUUUUUUUAUUUGGUCUUAUUAAAUUAGUAUUUACAUUUAAUUUAUUGAAUGGAAUAAGCUUUAGCACCUGCUACAUGUUAAUAUUGGCUAAACCCAUUAGAGAAAAUUUACAUUUUUUACAUUUAGUUCUGCAGCCCAAAACUACUGCUUCAAAGAUCAUCUUAAAUUGCCUGAGUCACAGACUAAGGUGGCUUGAGGCACUAGAAGGAUCUGGCCCUGGUUUCACAAAAUAUUUUCAGACUAAGUUAGGCAUUUACUCGAAAUUGUUUGCCUUAUUUUGAUUAAAAUAUAGCCCUUUAUAAAACUUUUAUUGUGUUAAAGAUACUUUCCCACGAAAGUAUUUAUCGGGUGGUUAUUUCCAUUAAAAGUAUUGCAAUGAAGUAAGGUUACAGCCAUGGCAUCUUACAAUAGUUUAUUUAUAGCUUGCGGUAUUUCCCGAUGAAUACAACGUUUUGAGAGGGAUUUGAAGCAAAUUUUUGAUAGAUUAAUUAGUCCAAAUAUAUCAUCAAAUCACCCAGUUUGUAUCAAAUACAUUAAUAAAAAACUAUGUGCAAAGUUUUGUGUAUCUGGAUCAAAGAUAUUUCUCAUAAACAGUGAUUAAGUUGAGGAAAUUCUUAACUUAAGUCUGAGAAUGCUUUGUGAAACCAGGGCCAGUAGUUUUGGGCAGUCCAGGUAUUAAAGGGUUAAGGUCUAACGUCAACCUUCAAUCCUGUAACAUUUUUAAAUUGAUUAAUUGAUGAAUUUAGGCAUUUUCGAUUUCUUCUCCUCAACUGUUUGGUAGAUUUUAACUUGGUAUGUGUUUUACGCCAAUGGUGUUAAUUUAGAUUUCGUCAUUGGCGUGGGGCAAGGGAGAUGUCUUCUUAAAUGGGGGAAUAUCCAAGGGUGGACAGAAGGCACUUGUCACAGAUUUUGUCAGACACAAAUUAUCACACUAUGUGCCUGUGUGUAAUUAUAUUAUCUUUAAGUGUCCUUUAGAAGUGAGAAAUACAUUAACCACAAGACAAUUUUUAUUCCAAACAAUCAUUGGUUUAUCAUAUUGAGGAUACUCGAAUGAACGUCUCAGAAUUGAACUCUCUCAGUCCUCAAAAUAUUGACAAUUGAGUGAAAGAUGGGAUUUUGGGCUACAACGCAUGUGCCGACUGCAUCAGAAAAUAUCUCAACCAACUAUGACAGUUGAAACAUAUUCGUUGUAUUUAAUUACGUCAAGAUUCUACUCACGCCACCUCCAUUUUCGGGACCGAUAGUACCGACUUCCGCGUCACUCGAUUUCAAUUCCCAUCAAUACAGAACCUCCUGGGCUGACAAUUGAGCAUCCUCAUUGUCAUUGUGCUUAAUAAUGAUAAGAGGAUACUUAUUGAAACGUCGACAUCAUGGUUUCUGGGUUGACCGUAUAUGCCUGUCAUGACUGUUUGAUGAAAAAAAAUGACCUAAAUAAUCUCGGAACACAUCGGUCAAUCUAUACGGUGUAAAACUAUCAUAUUUUUUCAAAACCCAAUUUUCAAACAUGGCUGGGAUGAUGGGAUCGACCUCUACCAUACCUCGAAAUACUUAUACAAUGUAUACUAAACCAGUGAUUGUUUUCUAUAAAAAUUGUGUUAUGUUAAUGUAGUUAUUUCGGCUAGUGAUCAUAGGAAAAGGUUGAUUGUAUAUAUAGGCAAUGAAUUUUAUACUCUGUGUAGUUAUUAUAUCGUAUAUUAUUUUUGGCAGUGUGUUUUUUUGUGGCUCCAUCCAAUGCCUGUAUAUAUAUAUAUUAUAUAUAAUAUAUAUGUAUAAUCAUUAUUUAAUCUAAUAAAAUGUGAUAUUAUAAA